GAUGACAUUACAUUUUCCAUGUUCCAACAGUUUUUAGGGAAAACUCCAAGGUGUGCCAAGUUUAUGACUCGAAAAAUACAGCAAACAAACACGGCAUCUCCAUUCCCUACACAAGCACCGCUUCCGUGUUGGUUUUCGGUUGGCGUGCACCUCUUUGUCUGCUACCAUCAUUAAACUUGAAAGGAAAAGAAAGAAGAUAGUUGCUUGCCAAACUCCCAGAUUCUGGACAACAAUUAAUCCAGAUUUUUCCCAGUUAGCAUUUUAAUGCUGUAAUUUCGUCUUUUUAAUGUUAUUGGUGCUAUAGUUCUUUCUGUUCUGUCUAAUUUGUUUUCCUGUGGUAGCAGCACUUGUUGUACGUCGAUUAUUACAGGAUUCAUGGAAAGUCUGUGGAGUUUGUCUUAUUUUAAUUUCUUAUUUUGGAUCUUUCAGGGAGUAGCCAUGACUACUGGUAAUGGAGGAGUGGAGCUAACAAGGCUUGAGGGCAAAUUUAGGGCUGUAGUAGUCUGUUGGAUUCUUGGAUUUGGGUCCCUUAUCUCAUGGAACACUAUGUUGACAAUAGGGGACUACUACUACCAGUUGUUCCCGAAAUACCAUCCUUCAAGAGUACUUACACUGGUAUACCAACCAUUUGCACUUGGAACAAUGGCAUUACUAGCAUACAAUGAAUCGAGGAUUAAUACCCGGCGCAGAAACUUGGUUGGAUACAUGCUUUUCACUCUCAGCACUUUCUUGCUUAUAGUUUUGGAUUUAGCAACUUCAGGGAAAGGAGGUGUUGGACCUUUUGUUGGUGUAUGUGUAAUUGUUGGUGCUUUUGGGGUUGCAGAUGCCCAUGUUCAAGGUGGAAUGGUGGGAGAUCUGUCUUUCAUGCGCCCUGAAUUCAUGCAGUCUUUCUUUGCUGGUUUAGCUGCAUCCGGGGCCUUGACUUCAGCUUUGAGGCUAGUUACAAAAGCAGCCUUUGAGAAAUAUAAAGAUGGUCUCCGCAAAGGAACAAUGCUGUUUCUAGCUAUCUCUACAUUCUUUGAGCUCCUCUGUGUGCUGCUAUAUGCAUUUUACUUCCCUAAAAUUCCCAUUGUGAAGUACUACCGGUCAAAGGCAGCUUCAGAAGGAUCAAAAACUGUUUCAGCUGAUCUUGCAGCUGCUGGAGUCCAUAGAUCAGAAAACCAAGGGGAAGUGGAAAGAUUGAGCAAUAAAGAGUUGUUAUUUCAGAACAUAGAUUAUGCACUUGAUGUUUACCUGAUAUAUGUCUUGACAUUAUCAAUUAUCCCCGGGUUCCUAUAUGAAAACACUGGUCUUCAUCACAAGCUAGGCACCUCAUGGUAUCCACUUGUUCUAAUAGCCUCCUAUAAUGUGUGGGAUCUGGUAGGAAGAUACCUUCCCCUAAUAAAAUGGUUGAAGAUUGAGUGCAGAAAGGGCCUUAUGAUUGCAGUACUUUCCCGUUUCCUACUGAUCCCAGCAUUCUACUUCACUGGAAAAUAUGGUGCUCAGGGAUGGAUGAUAUUCCUCUGUUCUUUCCUAGGAAUAACAAAUGGUCACCUCACCGUCUGUGUUAUGACAGUCGCACCUAAAGGUUACAAGGGACCUGAACAAAACGCUUUGGGCAAUCUGAUAGUGGUGUUUUUGCUAGGAGGCAUAUUUUCAGGCGUCGCCCUGGAUUGGCUUUGGCUUAUAGGAUCAAACACUGCCUUUUAAAGAUCAAAGUUCUUGUUAUUGAUGAAGAAAGCUUCAACAUACAUGUACACUAGGCGAAGGAAAAAAUACACUAGACUUUCUACACUAGGCCUCUUACUGUUUCUUCUGUUAGCUCAGAUUUUCUUUUACUUAAAAUGUUAAUAAUUAUAUUACGUACAGUCUAGAUCAAAUUGCUUGUUGAUCUUUAGGAGCUAAAUCAAAGGCCAUGUUCGGUAUGUGUGAACAUCAAAACCUAUAAAUAAAACUUCUUUUU